GAAGCUCCACCACUGAAGGGGGAAAUCCCAAAUCCCUUACACCUCUGCCUCCUCCUUUGAGUCUGUGGCUGUGUUCCUGUCGCUUGCCUGGUUUUGGCCUCAGGAGUUGUCUCCUCCGAUGCAUCCUGAGCUUUAGCUUGCUCAGACCCACAGGUUGUUUGGCCAUAUGUUUUUCUACCAUUUUAGCAAGGUUUUGUGUGUCAGUGAAGGGUCCAAAGAGCAAGAGGGAGGGAGAAGUACGUGCUCCUGAGAGACAGGAGAGAUGCAGCCUCUUCGUCAGAGAAAUUACAGAUUUGGGUGCCUGUCAGUCUGCAGCUCAAGCACCAAACAUCCCCUCUUAAAAUUUUCCAAUAUGAUCAUUUUAGGCAUCUUUUAGGACUGUUAAUGAUGGCAUUGAGAUGUCUCCUCCCUCAUAGCACUCAUUUUUGGUGGUGGUACUGGUUGUAUAUGUUAGACAACCUUUUUAUAUCAUUCAGCUGCUGAAAUUCAAUUGUUACGGGAAGUCAAUUGCCUCAGAUGUCACAAUUGAUUUUCCUGAUUAAGACAAAGCAUUUCUAAUACUGUUUCCUAUUUUUCAACUUGCCUAUCUAAUUAAAAAUACAUUUCUUGUUAAACUCACCUGAAGAAUCUCCACAAGAACAAUUAAUACAGCAGCCAAAUUUACACUGAUUUUCAAACUUCUGUAUCUCAUGUUAAUAUCAGUAAUGCUUCUGCUUAGUCAGCCACAGCAAAGUUACUCAAACUUUUAUAAAAAUUUAACAAAUGUUGAUCAGCAGCUAUCUCCUUGGUUACUGAAGGUAAUGAAAAUCUUUGGUUGUGCAAAUGUUUGUUGCUGAUCCUGCUUAAGAUUUGGCUAAAUGGGCGGGGUGUAAGGGUGGCCCAGCAUAAGCAAUGAAGGGGGACAGUGUUCCUGGGAUUUGAAACCCAAAUAGAAGGCUGACAAAGAAUGUAGUGGCCAACAAGGAUAGGAAUAUCUAUAUAGAUAUAUAAUCUGACCUAUUUAUUACAGAUAGUUGUAGACUCAGUGGAAAAUUAACUGAUGGAGAAGGCAAAGGACACCGUUUUCCUAGAAGAGGUGUAUGAAAACCAAGCUUUAUAACUUUGAAUCAGAAACAAGACAGUAACUGUGAGGACUGAAAUAGGAUUUUGCAAUACAAUGCCAGUAUAGAUUACGAAUUUUGACUUGGCUGUUUGAACGUUAAGAUGCCUCCUUCUGAUUUGUCGGGAUUGUCACCUGCAGAUGAGGUUACCGGUUCCUGUUUAUUGGACUGGUACGUGUGCAGAAUCGUUAAGGAAUAAAGAACUGCGAGGAGUUGCUAUAGAUCAGCACAGGCGUGUCAGUGCUCGCCCUGGCGGUGCCAGGCAGGCAGUCCCGGCCCGGGGUGCCUCCGGCAGAUCCCAGCGCUGCGAGGCCUCCGCUCAUUGCUCACAAACGGGUCAGGGGCCGCCAGUUCUCACCCGAUCUUUGCCCGGUGUCUUUCUCCAGGCCGUGCCUCGGCUGACCCAGGCGCGCAGGGACGGGAAGGGGCGGGCAAGGCAGAGUCGCAGGGCCCGCCCCUGCCGGUGCCCGCCCCUGCCGGUGCCCGGUAACCGCUCCCGCCGGUGCCCGCCGCCGCCUCCCGCCGUGGCCCCCGCCAUGAGUGGCAGGGCCAAGCGCUUGAGCCCGCCGCUCGCUGAGGGCCAGCUCCCCUCCAGCGCCUCGGAGGGCUCGCCGCUCUCGCUCGCGUCCCGCUGCAUUUCCUCGGGCCGUGAGGAGCAGGAGGACCGGGAGCGGGCGGAGCCUCCCGGAGCGUCCCGGAGCCCGCCGGGCCAUAGAAGGGCUGAACAUUCUGAAACAGCAGGGGGGAGAAAAGUGUCACCUUUGAAAGAUAACCUUUCCCCAUGGGAAGAGUGGUUCAUUGGCAAAGAGAAGGAGCUGCGUGCCCGCUUACAGGCUAGAGCUGCAGAGGAAAUGAAUAAACAGCUUGAGGAAAUAAAGCAAAAUCAAGAAUGGGAAAGAAGAAAAAGGAUAGCUGAAGAGAAACACAAGGAAUGGGUCCUGAAAAAGAGAGAAGAGGAAAGAAGAGAAAGGAAACGAAAGUUGAGCAAAGAAAUGGCAGAACAAGCCACAAGGGAACUAGAAAAAAUGCAGUUAAAAGAAAAGGCUGACAUAAAGUAUAAAGAAUGGUUAGAGAAGAAGAGAGCUGAAGAGGCAGAAAAGAAGAAAAAAGAGAAGGAAAAAGAAAAAGAACAGGAGGCUGAGCUACAGGAGAAGAGAAAAAGAUCAGAGAAAAUCUUUAAGGAAUGGCUGCAAAAUGCUAGAAAUAAACCACAACCUGUUUUAAAUGCUUAUGGUUUCUUACAUGGAAGGUCUACAGGGAGUGCUGAUAGAAAUUUGUAUCCAGCUCCAGCAUAUUGUAACCCCAUUCCUUGGAAGCCGGUACAGGUGCCUCCCACAAAGGAAGACACAGUUCUCACCAUGAAGAAGAGUCAAAGACCUGUAUCUUGUCAGCCACGUGCAGCUUUACCAGUGGUGAUUUCUAAGCCCAGGAGUAACCCUUGUAUUGGAUCCCUGUGCAGAAAGAAAGAAGAUACAGUCAAGAAAAAAUGUUCAUACAGUCUUGACCAAAUUGGGCCAUAAAUAUGAAGUUCUGUGUAGUUAUAUGUCCAGUGCAGAUUGCUUUGUGCCUUUCUUUUUUUUUUUUUCUUUCCAUUUUUUGGGGCAGGUUUUGUGUUUACUGCUAGUUGACGAAUCAGGCUUUUAAUGUUUUUUCUAUAUUGCAUUUUAAUUUAAGAAAAAGGAAAAGAUUAGUUGUAAUGGACUGUACCUCAAUGCCAAUAAAAUGCACAGGGCUGUUUCUUCCUUUC